AUGUUGAUACAUUAUCACAAACCCACUACGACAUCAACAUCCACGACAACAACAACAACUGCUACAGCUCAACUCUCUCUGUACGGUGUUCAGCUCAAUCUCGAUCCCUUGUCACUACCAAGUGGAUGGUCUCUGUGUUACAGUGCAACAUAUGCAGACUCCCUGGCUUCAACUGUUGUUGCAACAGUAUUAGCUACAUGUAAUAAAAACAAAUUAUUACUUGGCUGUCGACCAGUCGCAAAUACGAUAUUGACCGUAGCAGCGAUGGGUAAUCGUGCUGAUGUUCUUUACAACUGUAGUUCAACAUCAACUUGUACAAAUGUUGUUAAUGGAGUCGGAUGGUAUUUUUCUGAUUCAUAUUCAUGGGGUUUUGUACGUGGUAGCGAUACAGUGACACGAGACAGUUGUGAUACUGGAACUAGUAACGAUGCGUAUCGCUUAUGUUGGCAUACUUUAGCUGUGGGUGGGUACAGAUGCGGAAGCACAGUAUCAUUGAAUUCAGAUUCAACUUGGGCGAAAGUUAUUUAUCAUUCCAAUUAA